GCCGGUCCGACUCCAUAUUGGGGGCAUAUACCAGUACACAUCCAGGGAGAGAGAGAAGCUUUUGAGCAAAGAGAACGCGAAACAUCUCUCAAGAUGGCCACAGACUUGAGCGAAUUAGACGAAGCGACCCUCAAGAGUAUGCUCGAGGAUGCCAGCGACUACGAGUCCCGUUCAAAGAUCAGGGCAGCCAUUAGAGAGCUAAAGAAGAAAUCAGGACAGCCAAUAAGCAGGAGAGCAGCCAGCAGCAGUCAGUACCGCAGGCCGGGCUUUCAAGCACCACGGACCGUUACCAUACCUAAUUCUGUCACUGGGAACGUUUACCCGAGUGUUGUGAAAGACGGCCAACCGUUGAAAAGUGUGGACAAGAAUACGCCUACAAUCGGGUAUUUAGGAUCACAGGGAAGUAACAAAACCCGAAAAGGAAGCACUGAUACUUCUUCGCCGAGCCACGCAUCCACUAGCAGCAACAUUGUUCCCCAGGGGGGCGGGGGGUCGGAGGAUCACUGGUGGAGGAAGUCACGCAGUUCCAGUCAAUCGACCGGGACACCAGGUCAAACCCCGGAACCAAAGAGUCUUGAUGAAAGACGCCCUUCAACAAAUGAUGCUAUUUCAGAAACUAAUGAUCGUAAUCAUCUUUCUCCUGAUCCUCCAAAAGAGCCCACGCCUUCUCCAGAACCCCCUAAAGAGCCCACGCCUUCUCCAGAACCCCCUAAAGAGCCCACGCCUUCUCCAGAACCUCCUAAGGAGCCCACGCCUUCUCCAGAACCCCCUAAAGAACCCACACCUUCUCCGGAACCCAUAAAAGAGCCAACUCCUUCCCCAGAACCCCCUAAAGAACCUACACCUUCCCCAGAACCCCCUAAAGAGCCCACACCUUCUCCAGAACCCCCUAAAGAGCCCACACCUUCUCCAGAACCCCUAAAAGAACCAACUCCAUCACCAGAACCUGCAGAUCAAAGAGAUGCUGAUAAUGCUGAGUACGAUUACGAUGAUGACGAUGAUGAAGAAUUGAGACAGCUAGAAGAGAGAUACCCUGAACCAACCGAAAGCAAGUCGAGCGAAAAUGUCAAAGACGUCCUUGCCGUGGCCGAGCCUGGACUCGAAGAAGAUAAAGACUUCCGUAAGAAACUCCGAAAAAGCGAAGCUGCUAAGAUUGAUACUAAAGCCGCCUUUCCUUCAGCAAAGAAGAAAGCGGAGCAGGUUGACUUUCGUAAUGUCCUUAGGAAAAGCGAUGGACCUGGCAAGAAGGACUUCAAAUCCGGCUCUAAAGCUCAAAUUGAUUUCAGAACAAAUCUCCGAUCAAAAGAUUCUGAGGGUCGCUCUCCUGUCAGUUCUCCCGUCCAUUCCUCUAGUUCUACGACUGAUGAACCAACCAUCAAUAAAAGCUCUGUUGUUGCCAAGUCGUCAGUUUCCAGUGACGACGGUAAACAAGACAACAAUAAAAGCUCUCUUGUUGCUAAGUCAUCAGUUUCCAGUGACGAUGGUAAACAAGACAACCCUCCACCUGAGGAUAGCUACGAGGCACGAAGAGAGGCAAGGAGAAGGGAGAGAGAGCUGAAGAAGAAAGAGGAACCUGCUCAGACUAGCACGUCUUCUACUGUGUCUUCAAGUAAUGAUACUACAGCAUCAUCAACUGCCGAGGAUUCUUAUGAAGCUAGACGUGAAGCUAGACGAAAGGCUAGGGAAGAAAGGCUGAAAAACAUGGCAGAUUCUGAGCCAAAGAUGUCCUACAGGGAGAGGAAGGAGAAAGAAGAAGCCAAGAGGAGACAAGAGAGGAGUGCCAAUAAGCAGAAAUGGGCUGAAAUGGAUCAAGCCAAUGGAGGAAAUUCUGAGCGUAGUUUCACUAGGCAGAAGAGCAGUAGUGGACAACAGCAGCUCCUUGCAUGGUGCCAACACAAAACCCGCUAUUAUGAGAAUGUUGACGUCAAAGAUUUCAGUAACAGCUGGAGAGACGGUCUUGCACUCUGUGCCAUUCUUCACAACUUUGUUCCCGAGCUCAUACCCUACGAUGAUCUCUCGCCUUCUAACGCUAGAGAGAACUAUACCGUUGCCCUCAAAGCUGCCGAGGAUGCUGGCUUGGAGCGUUUUUUUGAUGUUGAUGAUAUUAUUGCAGCUGGCUCCCCUGACCCCAAGAGUAUGAUGACAUUCCUAGCUACCAUCUACUCUUAUUUUAAAUGAAGGGCACAAGUUCAGUAUUAAUAUUCUCUAUCCUCUCAUCAUUCUACAUCGAACUUGUUAAUUUGUGGUGACUCAAGUUUUACGUUAUUAUUAUUAUUAUUGCUAUUAUUACUAUUAUUAUUAUUAUUAUUAUUAUUAUUAUUAUUAUUAUUAUAUAGUGACAGAUCAAAUUCCUUUCUUUUCAUUUAAUGGCAUGUUGUGUUGUUGUUGACCUUUACUUAUUAUUAUUAAUAUUUUUUUGUGCUUACUAGCAAGUAAUUCAAAUAUCUGUAGAUGUCCCUUUAGUAGCUCACACUAUUUAGUGAGGUAUAUGGUAACUCUAUAGAAGUUUACGAUAAUAAAAGUGAUAACUUGUUUCCCUUAA